CUUAUAGCCAAUAGGCUACCACACCAGGCCCAACUGCUUUGUUUUACUGGCUCCGAGGAACUGAGGUUGAGAUAAGUCAGUCAAGUGCAACAUACAGGAUUAAAAACAGUUCUGUCUGACCCAGAACCACCCCUUGUUACCACAGGGAUGCCCACGUGACGUGGAGGCCACUUCCCCCACCAACAAACUGUCACCCACAGACUUGAUGCUUCCCUGAAAGCAGUAGCAGCCACAAUACAGGAUGACGUCUGUUGGGACUGGGACCAAACAUGGGACAGAGCUUAGGAAAGGUGCAAGCUGCCUACAGCUGCACACUGUAUGUGGACAUCCAGAUCAAAACCUACAGAGAUCUCCACAUCUAGUUGGUUCCUAGACGCUUUGCUUUAAAGGAGGGGAGGGGAGCAAUAAACUCCAUCUUCAGACUUGAGAAGGGCUUUUUUAUAUGUGAAAGAGAUAAAAGACUUAACGGACCAAGAGUCCUGACAGAAGCCACGAGGAUAUGGAAGGUGCAGCUGCUGAAGACAGGCUCCAGAGCUGGUGAGUUCCCCAGACCUGGGCUGUGCAGCUGGCAGUCACUCAGCCCUGUCCAAUGCCGAAUGAGUUAUGUCAUCCCAGGAGACACUCACCCUGCAGAGUCAUCCUCUGUAAUGUCCCCAUGUCUUGGGAGAGGAAACACUUAAAUACAGAGACAUGGAGAGCUGGUCUGUAGCUGGGUUGAAGGCUUUCUCUCCGUCGCAGUGCCCAUCCGUUGUGGGCACCAGGGUUAGAAGGAAGCUGGGAAACUACUGUUCUUAACACAGGGUUGUCUUUAUUUGAUAUUUAACUUAAUGAGAGGCAGAGAGAAAGACACACACAGACCAAGGUGCCAACUACUGGUUCACUCCUCCAAAUGCAAACAAAGCUGGCAUGAGCCAGGCCAAAGCCAGAAGCCAGAGGCUCAACCCAGGCCUUCACAUGGGUGGCAGGGAUCCAAGGACUUCGGCCACCACCUGCUCCCUUCCAGAGUGCACGCUAGUAAGAAGCUGGAAUUAGGAGUGAAACCAGGGAUCAAACUCAGACCCCCUGAUACAGGACUUGGGUGGGCAUCUCCACUGCUCAGCCAAAUGUUUACCCUGCAGUAAGUCACCUCCCUAUUCCAAAAUGCAUGAGCCAGGGCCAGGGGAAGGCAGUAGUGACCGCAGGCAGGUGGGACAGGAGGGUGGUGCAGCCCUGUAGUGUCACAUUUGUGCGUUGGGACUUUUCCACACUGCCUCACCAAAGAGCUCUAGCCCAGGAAAGAAACCAGACAGGUGCCUGGCAGUACAGAGCAAUGGCCACAAGAUGGCAGCAGCGCCGUAGCUGUGGAGGGUGGCUGCAUGGCAGCGCCAUGAGCACAGUGGGUCUGAAGUCACCCCUUACUCCCUCCUACAGGCAGAUCUCAGGAUGGGGACGCUGCUGUUUGAACCUUCCAAGCAGGGAGGGAAGAGGCCCUAGUGAGGCCCAUUGCCCACCUGUCCCCUGGCCAACCCUGACCUGAAUUCUGCUCUUGCCCCAGGUCGUAGCAACCAGCCCCUCCUUGCCUGUGCUUUCUGGUUCCAGUCAGGAAGAGAAGAGAGGUGAUAAAUUGACAUUCUCCCACCUGUUGAGGGAUUGGGGGUUCUUACGAGGCCCCCCAGGGCCUGGCUGUGACAGAGUGUCUGCAAUUCAUGAUGUGUCUUGAGCUCUUGAGACAGGAUUUAUGCAUCUAAUAAAGUCUGCAACUCCAGGCUUAGGGGCUGGGGGUGGGAGCUGAGAGCAGGAAGUCCCUCCAGAGGCCCUGAGAGGGGUGUCCCAGGUGACUCUUAAUGGAACCCUGCAUUUCCAUUCCCUGUCUACAGACAGCCCCUCAGGCUACUGCUGAGGGUGGGGGACAGGGGGACAGCAGGUAUAAGAAGCGGUGGGAUGAAGCCCUGCCGAGGCAGUGGGUGGCAUGGAUUCCAAGCGAGCAGCCAUGGUCAUGCUGCUGCUGCUGCUGCUGAGCGGCUGGGGCCACAGCGAAGGACCAAGGGACUGGGACGGAGACGAGCUCCUUGUGGUAAGCCGGCCCUGGCCCCAUGUCACCAUCCUCCCCAGCCUUGGCCGAGCCUUCUGCCCUAGCUUCAGACAUACUCUGGCUACUUGGGGGGGUCUUUGCUGUGUCCUCACAGAUAAGAAAACGGGUCCUCGGCUCCCUGUGUCACGCCUAGAUGCUAUCCCCUCCCCAGUCACUGGAGCCCUGGGUGGUUGUGCAGCUCACUCCCUUCCCACUCCGUACCCCUCUGCCCAGGAAGAAGACAGUGGGGCUCGGCCAGUGCAGGACGCCCAGAGCACCAGGUCACUCCUGCGCUCCCUGCUGGGGGCCAUGGAGAGACAGGGCCGGAGCCCAGCCUUCCAGUUCCAGCCCCAGAGGUUUGGCAGAAACGCCGGGGGACCAUGGAACAACCAACGGCUGCGUCCCCGGGGGGGCCAGGGGCCAGGUUCCCAGUUCUGGAGCCUGGCCACGCCCCAGCGCUUUGGGAAGAAAUAA